AUGAGUGUGUUGCAAGAAAGAGUGUGGGCCGGACGUCUUCCGUUGGAGAUUCGGCUGGCAUCUUCUGAAUGCCGCAUCUACGAUCAAUCAGACCCAUACUUGAUCUCAGUACCCAGGCUCUGCUACCUACCACUGCUCCUCCCGCGACUUCACGCAUUCUUCAGCCCAGUCCUGAUCGCCGAUCCUACCACAACUCCGAUCUAUGACGGCUAUUUCACCUACGACUCAGUUCCCCUGAAAUGGCACCUCCCCAUCGGCCUGCUCUACGACAUCUACGUGCUCUCCUCAUCCCAGGACCCUGCCACUCCUCCCCUCCCCUUCAAGCUGAUCCUCCACUUUCAAAACGGAUCCGGACUCAACUUGAUCUCAGCCGAACCCGCCGUGCUCCACGACGCAUUCAUCAACUCGGUCAAAGAAGCAGACUUCCUCCGCACCGGCACAGCCAAGCCAAUCAUGUCCCUCUCCGCCGCCGACUCCAGAGCCCUCUGGGGCUCGGUCCAGUCACACGACAUGGCGACCUAUAAACGCAUCUACAACUCUCUCCUCCCCCAAAACUUCCGCAAUAUACCGAUCCGGAUCUACCUCCCCUCCGGUCCGGACGGGGAGAAAGCAAGCAUCAAAGUCGUGCAAGCGCAUAUCCCGCCGACAGUAAACUCGACGCCUUCAGCAGCUGGUGGUGCUAGUAGAACCAGCACGACGACUCAGACACUGGGGUCGGCGUUGCGGAGCCUGAUGCCGAGUCUCUUCCCCAGCUCGAGGACUCCCGUACUGGCGAGGACGGUGCUGCAUGGUGCUGUGGUGCCGUUGGGCAGUCAGCUCGAGGAGCUAGCGAGGAAUGCGACGUAUACGGAUGGGUGGUUGGGGGUUGUGGUGGUGAUGAAUUCCUGA